AUUUACCAAAAUCGCGCGAAGUAUUGUAGAAAUUGUAGAUUACCCAAAGCUGCGGUGGAUGUUUUUCGAUUAAAAUUAUUAUUACGCUUUCUUUUGUUUGAUACUGGUACUAAGUUGUUUUAAAAUUGAUCAAUGAUUGGUGAUAUCUCUGUCAGACUUUAACUUUAUUGUGCAACAUUGUAGGAGUGAUUAAUACAAUUGUUCAAAAAUGAAUCCACUCUCGCAAGGAUCCCUUGAGGUUAUUAUGAAUGGCGGUCACUAUGACAAGCCAAUAAUGCAAGUGCUAGGUAGCAAGAAGAUUCAAGGCAGUGGUGCGAACGAAAGGUUCCGGCUGCUGGUGUCGGAUGGCAAGCAUUCGCACAGCUUCGCCAUGCUGGCGACGCAGCUCAACGACAAGUUGAUCACUGGGGAACUGUCAGACUAUUCAGUUGUUCAGAUUGACCGGUUUGUCACGUCUUUGCUGAAGAAUACGGGGAAGGGAGAGAAGAGAGUCAUGAUUAUCCUAGACUUGACUAUACUAACCCCAGGCUCAGAAGUAGGCAAGAAGCUGGGUAACCCUCAAACCUGGACAGAAGACAGUGCAGUAUCUGCCCCACAGUCGACUAUGCAGCCUGUGCCUCGACCAGCACCUGCCCCGGCUCCCAUGGCCGUGUCUAAGCCAAUGGCUGCUCCUUCCAUGGACUCUAGCAUGCUGUCUUCACAGAUGACACAUCCUAUUUCAAGUCUCAGCCCUUAUCAAAACAAAUGGGUGAUAAAAGCGCGCGUGAUGAGCAAGUCUCCUAUCCGCACAUGGAGCAAUGCCAAAGGUGAAGGCAAACUCUUCAGCAUGGAUCUGUGCGAUGAGAGUGGCGAGAUUCGCGCCACUGCCUUCCGGAAUGAAGUCGACCGGUUCUAUGACAUGCUGCAGGUCGACAAAGUGUAUUACAUCAGCCGCUGCCAAUUAAAGACCGCCAACAAGCAAUACACGAGCCUGAAGAACGACUACGAGAUGACCUUCUCCGCCGACACAGUCAUCUCCGAGUGCAUGGAGGACGCGUCUUCAGUGCCAACCAUCAAAUACGACUUCGUUCCCAUCAAUGAGAUUGGAAACAAGAAUACGGAUUCCUUACUCGACGUGAUCGGCGUAUGCCGCGCUGCCUCGGAUGUGCAAGAACUCACAGCUAGAAGCACAGGCAAGCUUCUCAAGAAAAGAGAAGUUACCCUCGUUGAUUCCACCGGUGGCGCAGUGGUCCUGACGUUGUGGGGUGGCGAAGCGGAAAGCUUUGAUGGCAGCUCUAACCCUGUCGUGUCUGCUAAGGGGGCUCGCUUGGCGGAGUUCAAUGGCAGCAAAUCCCUAUCUUGUCUAGCGAGCACCAUGAUUCGGCUCAACCCAGAUUUGCCCGAAGCGCAUAAGCUGCGCGGCUGGUACGACAACGGCGGCGCGAACAUGGACAUCGUCAACAUCUCUGCCAGGUCCGGCGCUUACGGCGGCGGCAGCGGCGAAUGGAUCACGUUCUCCGAAGCCGAGGCCAAGCAGCUGGGCUCUGGCGAUAAGGGCGACUACUACAGCCUUCUCGGCGUCCUAACGUUCACGUUCGCUGACAACGCCGUGUACAAGGCCUGUCCUCAGGAACAGUGCAACAAGAAGCUGGUGGACCAAGAAAAUGGACUGUUCAGAUGCGAAAAGUGUAACAGAGAAUAUCCUAACUACAAGUACCGGCUGCUUUUGGGGGCCAACGUGUCCGACCCGACCGGCGACCAGCGCAUCACAGCCUUCAACGAGGCGGCGGAAGCCAUGAUAGGCAAAAGCGCCGCUGACGUCGGACGUAUGUUCGAGUACGACAAGGCUGGCUAUACGGCCGUGUUUGAGGACAUCAAGUUUAAGACCUUUGUCUUCAAGUUCAGGACUAAGAUGGAGACUUACAGCGACGAAGCCCGUCUCAAGACCACGGUGAUGAACGCCGCGCCCGUGGACUAUAAGGACGCGAACGCCCGACUCAUCAAAAGCAUUAAGGCCGUCACGGGCGUCGAAGUUUAGGACUCUUACUUUAGGCUAGUUUUAACACUAAUUUUAAUAGUAUUAGAAUUACUUUUUGAUCGACAUGACCUUGUCUAACAUAAAUUGUUUUUUUUUUUAAUUAAUGCUUUGAGACAAUAUAAAAAAAAGAUUAUAAAAUAUAUACAUUUACAGUCGACAUCAAAUAUAUCAGAGCGGCCGAAGUGCUCAAAAAUAUCUGAACACUAGCGCCUUGACAAUAGAGGCGUGUUCGGAUAUUUGAGAGCACCUUGGCCGCUCCGAUAUAUCUGUUGGCAAUUGUACUAUUAAAUUAGGAUGUUGUUUUUAAAAUAUGUUCCAUUUCCUUGAGAAAAUGCUCAUAAAUAUAUUUUUUGGAAGAACCAUAUUUAUAUAUAUGAAGGGACUCAUGUUGUUGGGUAAGUUCACGUCGACUGAAAAGUAUAAAUUGUUGCAAAUCCCGUUUGUUAAGUCGAGAAUUCCUACUCAUCAAGUUUUAAUUGAAAUACAUUUAAAUUUAAAUUGUCAUUAGAUCCCAAUGACACACGAAUGAUCGUCAUAAUGUUACUGUUUCGUUUUAAUUUGUGUAACACGAAAGACUGUUGUGGUAUUAAAUAAUGUUACAAGUAUUUUUAAACCAAUGCUGGCAUUGUUAUUGUAAUAAAAUUAUGCGAUUCCAAUCUUACAAUUCCACUAAGUGUAUCUAUUAAACUAUUUUGAUAAUAAA